CUAAAACCCCCGAAAUCGUUUCCAGGCGCCUCGUCGCUAGUAUUUACCUCUCAAGUAGGCCGUUUUAAUUCAUUAGUCUGACACAGGUUGGGUUGAGUUUUCGGCACAAAGCUCUCAGUCCGUUCAGUCGGCGCUGUCUGUGCGAAGACUGGGUGCAGAGCGCCCCCCUCGGUCUCUUAGGAGUACUGCACUGACAAAUACAUGGCGGGAGGAAUAAACGGCUUCUUUCAUCUUUCUGUUUCUUCACCACACGGUAGGAUUAGAAAUUCACAUUGUCAAUGAAUAAUGACACUUUCUGUUUUUGUGUCGUGUAGAUAGAGGGAAAAAAACUUAAACAGUAUAUUAAUGCUAAUAUUAUUCAUCGCCACAUCAUAAUUAAAGUAGAUGUGGCCGGUACAUUUUAUUUUAAAUGGCUGAAGUGAUGGUCAUCCAACACUUAUUCCUGCUACCAAUAAUUUUACACUGACAUUUUUAUUUCCUAGUAAUAUAUAAAAUACUACUAUAUCUUUAUUGGCAGUAUUUGACAUUUCCCAGUUGUGGGUUUUUUUCUGCUACAGGAGUCCGUCGGGUCUUGAAAUGUUUUCUUUUCAUUAAGUUUUCCUUAUAUCUGGUCCUAAUUAUCUUCCAUACUGUUUGUACAUAAGAUUAUAUGCCCACACUGAGAUUUAAGUAGAACACAGAUAUACUUUUCCUCUUUAGAUAGAUAUAUAAAUAGAUAGAUAGAUAGAUAGAUAGAUAGAUGUGUUCAUCCAAAGGGAAAUUGCAGUCUUUCCAGCAGCAAUACCAUAUAUUACACAGUAUCACUUACACACAGAGACACAAGGUAGGUAUAAGACACCGUAUUUACAGCUAUAUGUUAUGUAUAUACAUACAUAAACUUCUAUACAACUAGAAACAAUAAAUAAGCUAAAAAUGAAAGAAUAAAUUCGAAUUAGGAUAUAAAAAAUAUUUGUGCAGUUAAAAUUGUCAAAGAAACCUGAGGUGAAUGUGUAAACAGCAGUCUAGUGUCAAACUCUUUCAUGUUCAUCAAUCUGCAAGGUGAAGAUCAGACAUCCAAGUAAAACAUCAACCGGCAGUUCAGACACCUGUGUUUUAUUUUGAAAAUCGCCGUCUUGGUUUCCGGUGCCGGGCUCUGAGUGUUCCCACCACUUGGAGUGCUGUUCAGAUAUCACAACCUUCCGUACCGACACUACAGCGGCAUGUUAUCAGCUCUGGGUCGUUCCUCCGGAGCUCCCUCGGCUACUUAGUUAGCUCCGUGUAGCCACUAAUGACAGCGACCGGCAGCGACGUCUCGGCCACGGAAUGCCCCGGAGAAAGAAGAACGGCCAGAGCCCGGCCAGGGUCCCCGGCGGGCCACCGGCGGAGGGCGGAAGCCUCGGCCCCACCGCGGGUCACCGACUCCACCAGGGAUACGACGGUGCCAUGGCGCACAACUUCCAAGCCAGCGACUCGCUGCCCGGCUCGACCACCAAGGAGGAGGUCGUUCAAAACAUGCAGGAGAUGUUUUCUUGCUUGGACCCCGACGUCAUCUACAUCGUGCUGUCCGAGUGCGACUUCAAAGUUGAAAAUGCGAUGGACUCCCUCUUGGAGCUAUCAGUGGCUGCUGAAGUUGCAGCCCCUUCUGCAGUCUCUGGCUUUGAGCGCACUGCGGCAGUCCUGCUCAGCCCCCGACACUUACCUGGACCUGGACCAGACCCCGACUCCUCCAAACCAUCGCAUCAGACCUCCCCUCCUCCCUCUACCAACCUCCUGUCUGAGGAGCUGGACCUACUAAUCGAUCAGGAGCUAGAGACACUGACUGCGAAGCGAGAUGCUACGGAGGAGCACCACAGCAGCCAGUAUUUAUCUGCUGGUGUAUCCCUGUCUUCUUUCCCUCCACCACCAUUUCCCCAGCAGCCGCUCCCUGAGCUGCUUCAGUCCAGCCUGAAGUCGAGAUCCAGAGGACCCUCUACUGAGCAGCCGUGCACAGUGGGAGACUUGGGAGAGCAAUUGUCUGCUUCCUCUCCACUGGACCACCUCACCUCGUGGAAUGAGGAGACGGCCGUGGGGCAGCAGUUACUGGUGGAUUUCACUCAUCUGUUGAAAGAAACUCCUGCAGACAAGCCGAAACCUCCUUUGGACCUGGCAGCAUCAGGGCGUCCCUCAGCUUUCCAGGUGUAUAAGAAACAAGACCCGUCACACGGUCUUUCAGAGAGAGCAGGGGCCAUGCCCUCUGAUGCGAUGGUUGGUGGAGCGAGAUCUAAGGUGUUUAAUCGUGAGAAACUCGGCUACGUGUCAUCACCCUGGAACCUGGGGGCACCAGUUUUUUCUCCCCGUAUCCAUGGAAGCCAGGCUCCAACCUUCAUUACCCCUGUGGCUCAGAUACCUUCCACCUGGCCCAGCCAAACUAUGCACGCCUCUCCCUGGCUGAGUCAUGCUCCUGCCAGUCAAGCGCCUCUCAAGCCUUCAGCAACUAUUCCAAAGUCCUGGGCCCUGUCUGCUGCUCAACCCCCUGCUCAGCAAAGUAGGCUUCGUUUGGAAGGGAAUGUGCUUGUGAUGCUACGUGGUGCUCCAGGAUCUGGCAAGACAUCAUUGGCAAGAGCCAUGUUAGAGCAUAACCCGGGUGGAGUUAUACUAUGCACUGAUGACUAUUUUGCGCGCCUUGGACUAUAUCAGUUUGACCCCACCGCUCUGGGGGAGGCCCACGAGUGGAAUCACAAACGAGCCAAGGAAGCCUUUGACAGGGGCACUAAUCCCAUCAUAAUUGACAAUACCAACAUGCAGGGCUGGGAGAUGAAACCCUAUGUGGUUCAGGCGCUGAAACAUGGAUACAAAGUGCUGUUCCGAGAGCCGGACACUUGGUGGAAGAACAAGCCCCGAGAACUGGAAAGACGCAACACACAUAAUGUGCCAGUGGAAACAAUUCGCCGCAUGCUUUUUGGAUAUGAGCGCUUCGUCACAGUGCAGUCUAUUAUGGGUUCACACAUGCCUGAGUGGAAACAGCAUCCCCAUCUGGAGAAAAACAACUCUCGGCUGGUGUCCUCUGAAACACCUUGUCCUGAUCUGGUAGUUGAACCUGGGUUAACUGAGAGCUGUAAGAAAUCCCGAUCUCAGCUGUUUUCCUCUCUUCCUGAUGUGUCAUCCAUUGGUCGUUCCUCUUGUGAAGUGGGAAACCUGGAAGAUGGCACCCACAAAUCUACAGAGUCGCUUAAUUUCCAGCCUGCUGGAAGACCCGCAGAAACCCCUGAGAUGGACGAGGAAAUGUAUUUGGGAGAACUUAAUUCUGAAUUGGAUGCUGAGUUACAGCAGAAUAAUCCAAUAGAUCAAAUAAUCCCAGACUGUAUUGUGGAAUCAGUGAUGAAUGAAGAUCAGAGAGGGGAAGAAAUAUCGGCGGCUUUCUCUGAGUCUAUUGGACAGAGGGUACGGAGAGAAAGGCCAAGCAGGAGGUCUGGAUUUGACAAGAUGGAGCCUGCAGAUCUGGUGAAAGAUGCCAACCUAUCAGUGAGUGAGGCAAAGGAUAGAGAAAAGACAGAAGAGGAAGCAGAAGGAGUUGAUGUCUUGAGGGUCGAGGAAGAAAAGGGAAUGCCUAAAAUGUUGGAUUUUGUAGGAGACUGGCCAUCUGAAGGAUCCCUCGAUCAACGACAGAUGAGGACAAGAGAAAGGCACAAAGAAUCAAAUCGGAAGGAAGCUGAGGGUGCGUCUAAUGAAAAUAAAAUCAAAGUGCAGCCAGAUGUAACCGAGUUUCAGAAGCUUCUUGAUCUGAUUCAGACCGGUGUAGCUGCCUUUCAGACCAGCUCUUCCCAUUCUUCCUCCCUUUCCUUAAGCUCUGAAGAGGAAAUGCUCAAAGAAUUGGAGGCCGGAGGCAGUAAAUCUUACAGUGAAGAGAGAGAAAACUUGAACAGGUUUAACAACAGCAGAGGUGAACUGCCUGACUGCGUGUUGGACUGGAAGCCAGCUGACUCUUGCAGGGUCAGGAAAUCGAGAAUUGAUAAUGGAGAGGAACUUAAAAGUGAAACAGAAGCGAGUAGUACAACAGGAAGGGAUGACCAUGUGUCGGACAAUGUCAGAGCAACAACCAACUGUACAAAUCCUGCCACAGAAACAAAUAUAUGCCAUGAUGGGGUGGGGAGCCACAAUACUGAAGGUGAUGUUGGUACAGAGACUGGUGAUAGGGACAGUAGUAGCUGCACAGAGGAGGGCAGAGAGUCUGGAACUGAGGCUGAUGUCAGCCUCAUUAGUGAGGUGUGUCAGAGUCCAAUGUGUGAGGGCUCUUUGGAAAAAGAAGGCAGCACUCUCAGUGGAGGCAGUCAGGAGAGAAAGCAGCGUCAGGGUCGCAGAUCCGGGAAGCAGUGCAAGCUCGCCCUCACCUUCACUCAAAACUGUCCUGGUUCUUCAUUGAAUACUCCUGAAUCCCCCAAUAGCACAGCCCAAAACAUAGACAGUGGUCAGAAUAGCAUUAACACAGAAGUCAAACCUAGCUCUAAUUCUAGCUGUAACGUUAAACCAGACAUUGACCCGUUCACAGAGUCCAAAUCUGAGGCACAUGCGCAGCCUCCUUCUCCCACUUUUUCUCCAGAGGACGGGGGCUGCUUCACCCAGACAGAGCCUCAAGACUUUGCCCGUCUUUGGCGUCUCAAUCGUCAGGACAGCCCAGAUGAUACAAUCCUCACUGCGUGCAGCCACUCCAGUGACUUCACAGUCUUGCAUGGUGACUCAUUUCGCUUUGUGCCGGAGCGGGCCUCUGCAGAUUUUGCAGCUGUUGCCGUUCACCCCUUUUGCCAGAAAGAGGUUACCUACCGUGUGGUGCAUGAGAAAGGCACACAAGUGGAGGAGAAAGAUCUCGGAGGAGCUCAAGACCGGCUCCAGAGCUUAUGCAUUCUAAGUCGUCAUUUUAAACUAGUUCAUUUUGAUACAUUAGAAGAUCUUUAUGACAAAUGCCAUCAGGACCUGGAAUGGACCACGAACCUGCUGCUUGACUCUGGAGAGAGGUUCUUUAAAGAUGAGGAUGAGGAGGAGGGUGGUGUUCGAAGGGAAGGUGACCAGAACACAUCCAGUCUCUUUGGAGCUUUAGGGCAAGUUGUAGAAACCAGGUUAUGUACUACUGUGUUAGAUGUGUGCCACCCUGAAGACGUGUCAAACGCAGGGGCAGCUGGAUUUGAGGAGGGGACUCAGCAGUCUACAUCUGGAUCAGUUAGUGGGUCAAAUGAGAGCAUCACUAUUUCUGAAUUACCAAGUUUUGAAGGUGAAGCUGACCAGCCGGAUACAACCGCACACUCUGAAAAAACUCCUCAAACAGAACAAAUUCUGCAGAAAGUCACAAAAGAAAGAGACAAAAUUGAACUCAAAAUAAUGGCAGAGCCUGACCCAGGAGGUGCCGCUUAUGGUGGGAGCCCAGGCGACGGCGUAAUAGUUGAAGAGUGGCGGACCGAGAUCGAGGACGAGCUUGCCAGCAUGGACGAGGUUCACCGGCUGCUGCAGGCCGAGCUGGAGGAGAUGGAGAUGGCGGAAAAGCAGAGGAGGGAGGAGAGGACUGAAAGGAAGCACGCGGGAGAGGGAAGGAGCCGACACCUGGACAUUCAAAGUGUGGAGCUGAAACUACCCACUGAGCUGGCGUUACAGCUAACGGAGCUGUUUGGUCCAGUGGGAGUAGACCCAGAAACCUGCUCCACUGAUGACUAUGCAGUGCAGAUGGACCUGAACCUGGCUAAACUGCUCCACCAGAAGUGGAAGGAAACAAUCCAGGAAAGGCAGAGACAAGCAACUCUUUCAUUCCACUUGCUUCAGGAAAGUUCAGUACACUUGGGUGACUCUCAGGUGGACAAACCUGGGCCACAGGAGCGAACACAGCCAGGACAGUUCCUCAUUAGUGCCGACAGUUACACGUCACUGGACGGUCAACCCGAGGCCCGUGGUCAGAUGCCGUUCAUGGACCACUGGAAUGUGUUGCGUCCACAUGUCUCUCUCAGGGAUAUCAUCAAAGAGGAGCAGGCUUUGCAGGAGAAUGUGAAGAAGACCAGACAAAGUCGUGCGGACCUCGACCGGCGAGAUGGCGCCACCCUGUUAAAAGAGAGCAAACUGUUCUCCCUGUUCCCCACCAUUGACAGGCAUUUCCUCCAGGACAUCUUCAGAGACCACAACUACAGCCUGAUGCAGACUCAGCUGUUUCUUCGCUCUCUACUGGAGGAGGAACCUGUCAGGACGGUUGUUGCCCCAGAGGCUCCUCGGUCUGACCACCACCGAGCAGCCAGCAAGGAGAGAGAAAAGAGGCAGAGGCCCCUCGAGUCGACCCUAACUGACUAUCAGGAUGUGGAGGACCCAGAAUAUGACGACUUCAGGGCCGAGGCCAGCCUGCAGAGGAGCCGACAGCUAGAGAAUUUUACCAAGGCCGCUGAGGCCUACAAGCAAGGGCGCAAAGAGGUGGCCUCGUUUUAUGCACAGCAGGGACAAAUGCAUGGCCAGCGGAUGCGUGAGGCCAAUCACCGUGCAGCGGUUCAGAUUUUUGAGAGGGUCAAUAGGUCGCUGCUGCCCCAGAACAUCCUGGACCUCCAUGGACUACAUGUGGGCGAGGCCCUGCAGCACCUGGCUCAGGUCUUACUGGACAAAACCACCGACUGUGAGAAGGGUCUGUGUCGACCUCAGCUCUCAGUCAUCACAGGAAGAGGGAACCACAGCCAGGGGGGCGUGGCCCGCAUCCGCCCCGCCGUUAUAGACUACCUCACUAACAAACACUACAGGUUCACUGAGCCAAAGCCAGGUCUCGUGUUGGUCUCUUUGAAGUGAAGAGAAUCUGGUUUGUUGGAUUCAAGCUAAAGCUGUUAUGUAGGACAACACAGACACAAACACACACACACACACACACACACACACACACACACACACACACACACUUAAACUCAUCCACAUGUACAAUUAUUACAUUAUAUACAGUAUGACACACUCAGCGUCCUUGUUUCUAAGGCAGUUAGAUACUUUUGUUUAUACUCAACCACUCUCUUCGUCCGCCAUGUAGCUGCCAGAAACUUAAAUUAAUCUUAAUCCUGAAUAAAUUGAGGUUAAUUUUAGUUAAGAUGUUGAUAUUAAUUCAGAUGUCAAACAGAAUAGUGUUUUCUUUUGUGCUCAUGAAAGAGAACUGCAUUGUGUGAGAUUGCAAAUAAGUACAAGUUAGUAUUUUUAUACAUCUGUGAAGCUAGAAUGUACAUACUGUAUUGUUAUAUUUACAAAUGUUUUAUAGUGUGGUGUAUCUCCUUUAUGCCUUUUUAAAGAGAACCAAAAUAAAUCCCUGCAUUAAGAGGGCUCCAUGUUGGAUAAUGUGUUGUUUCAUGUUUGAGACAUGAUGAAAGUAUUUUAUGAAGAUUCAUAUGAAUCAUGUUUGCAUUCUGUCUGCGUGGAGGUUGUUCUGGGAUUUUAAACGAUGAGGCAUUUAUUUUUGAACACAAUUUAAUCAUUGCAUUUGGCACAAAUUCUCUGUUCACCAUCUAAUCACAUGAUGUCCUGUGAGAAGACACAUGCUUAAAAGGAAGAGUAUAUUCAUAAUUAAACUCAGGGAAUAUUCAAUAAUGUUGAAUUUUCUUCUCUUUCAAUGUAAAUCACUCGUUUCCAGCCUGUUAGCAGAAGCUCGUCUUAAACUCACUGUGCCAAAUUUUGUAGCAGUUGUAUAAAUUGAGUGGUUGCACUAAAUUUGUAGGUUUAAAAUCACUUCUGUUUUCCUACCUGUGUGACGACGACAACAGCGUUGACAGAUUUUACUGGUUGUACAUAAUAAUGUGAACGCAUGAAUAACAAAGAGAAGAUUGUAUUUUUUUUAUUGAUUUGUGCAAAUGGUUUUACAGAGAAUAUUGUAUUGUGGAAUAAAAUUCUAUUUGUUUACAGUU